AUGAUGAGAUGGCACCCUCAGUCAGAUCUAGGGAAUAGUGCCCCUGGCUCGCCUUCAUCAUUCCGGACACCGGGGCUCCGGAGGCAAGGGCGCAGCCCCGGUCGUCCACGUCCUCGAGGCUCGGCACCGGGCACCCGCGCGCCGGACUAGGCCCACUCGGCCCUCGCCCUGGAGGCCUUCCGGUGCCCGGCCUCGGGCCACGCCGGCCGCCUGUGGGAGCAGCUCCGGCAGUUCUGGGCCGACCACUUCUCGCGGCGCUUCUCGCCGCGGCGCCCGCCGCUGCGCCGCAUCUCCUCCAUGUCCACCUUCUACCUGCUGGACCACCGGACGCGCCAGGCCGAGCUGGGCCUCAGCUACGGCGCGCCGCGCACGCGCCUGAGCGACGAGGCCUUCGUGUUCCGCGGCGGCCGGUGGACCGCCGAGGGGCUGCCGGUGCGGUCGCGGCCGCCGCUGUCCUCGCCGACCGUCUCGGGCUGGAAGCCGCCGGUGCCGCGGGUCAGGAGCCAGGUGCUCCUGGAGGAGAACAACUACCUGAAGCUGCAGCAGGAACUGCUCAUGGACAUGCUGACCGAGACCACGGCGCGCAUGCACCUGCUGGAGAAGAAGCUCGACAGCCAGGCCAACCCGGCGGCCGCGGCGCGCGCCUGGCAGAGGAAGAUGCGCAAACGCGAGGGCGCGAGCGGCGUGCUCAUGAUCGAGCCGCGCGCUCUGGAGUCGCGCUGA